GAAACGUGUGGCUGCCAAGGGACUUAUUUCUCAGUACUACUCCCAGCUGACAGAGGGCUGUGGAAAUGAGGGCUGCACUAAUGAAUAUUGUGCUUCCAGCGACCAGUUCCGCUUUAGAGACACUGACAGGAACUCCCUGGCUGUGCAGGCACUAGAUUUAUGCAAAACCAAAGCUCAGCUUUGUGAACGCAGGCCUAGCAAGAUGUCCAGGCUGCCAGAGUCACAUGAAGACGGACCUUCUUGGUUUGAUCCUGCAGGCAUGGGUGCCAGGAAUAAAGAUCUUUCACCAUCUUCUUCAUCGUCAGCAAUCAAAGUUGGUCUU